CACCUCCCCUCACCCCGAACAGUUUGACCUCCCACAGAACAGACUCUUCUUAAGUUACAACUUGUGUCAAUCCACAAAGCUCAGCCAACACCAACCAGCUUCUCCCAAUGUCAAUGUUCACCAUGUCUCAACAUCAGUACGCCUACCCGGCCACUGCUCCCGCACCCAGAGCAUACUCGGGCCAUGGUACCAGCAGUGCCUUUAGCAGCUCUGCCAACCCCGACGAAGACUGGACCAAGAUCUCUGACCUUGCUGAGCGCCGGAGGAUCCAGAACCGCAUUGCCCAGCGCAACUACCGUAAGAAACUCAAGAGACGCUUGGAAGACCUCGAGAGGCGUGCCGGCCAGGAAGGUACAUCCGCCGCAGAGAAACCUGCUCAGACCAAGACCAAGAAGUCCGCGAACAAGACACAAAAACCGCCAGCCUCGACAAAGACCAUGAACCAGGGCCAGUUCACCCCUCCUAUGCAAGACGACGAAGUUUUCUUUGCCCAACACUACGAGGAUGGCCGUGAGAGAUCCAACACGCCCCCGUUCCUUGCAUACUCUGCCUACCCCCCGCCCGAGGAGAUGAUUAUGGCUCCCACAUACACUACACUACCGUACCCCAUGACCACUGCUGAGGCGUACCCUGGAUACCUCGCGCCCGCAGUGCCGGUGACGUUGCCACCCAUGAACCACUUCAACGACGCUAUAAAGCGCGAAUCGUACCCGAGCGACGACGGUUUUCCCCCAUACAUGAACUACGGCUAUAUGCCUGGCAUCGACAUGCAUGCGCCCGGCUCCUACGACACCGCGAACCCUCAUCAGACCCCUCCGCUCUCGCACUCUUUCGACCACUCAGCCAACUGCUCCGACGCUGGUUACGAGUAUCCCACUACACCACUAUCGAUGCCAGGAUCUCCUGGUAUGGCCCAGCAAUAGAGACGGACGUUGACAGGACCAUGCGACAAUGUUUUUGGGCGAAGCGUGGCAUUCUUGUGGCUACUAUUCUGGACUCGUUGCUUUUCUUAUUACUUUCUUUCUCAUUCUCCUAUAUAUACGGGGUGGCUUGGGCCAGGAGUUUGGGAGCAUCUGGAUUGCA